CUGGCUUUUGCCCGGAAGUGGAGACAUUUUCCUUGAAGAGACAUUCUCUUUCUAAUUCGCGGGUCUGAGACAUGUUACAUACCAUCACAGAAGAGGAACUGUCCUUUCACUGCCUUGACUUCUUUUGGUCUUAACCGUCUCCUCUGCACACUUUUGAGACUUUGAGACACUUUGAGACUUUACAGCUACAGCUCUGCUUUGCUUUUGGGCUUCUCCCACCCGGCCCCCAAGUCGUCGCAGCCUUUAGCGUGGCAAUGUCUCAGAAGAUCCCGUCUGAUGGUGCUCAGAAAGGCUUUGCCGUGGGAAGGGGGCUCCUCGCUGCCGCUGAGACGUUGAACUUCAGCAUGAGCGAACACCGUUCUGAUGGCCUGUAUGGGUCCUCUUCACGAUCCUCUUACGGCAUGGCGCCGACGCUGGGUGGUGGGGACAGCAAAGAGCGUGACUCGCAGCUCCCGCGCCACAGCGCCAGUCACCUUAGCAACACCAUGAAGCUCUUUAACAGCCUGGGGCUCUCGCCCACUGAUCUGGACGCUCUGGCCCAGGUCCCGGAGGAAAACAUCAGCGUGGAGACCUUGCCGCAUCUAAUCAUGCAGCUGAAGAGCCGCAAGGCAGAGGCGAGCCGCCGCAGCGGGGGUAACUCCCGGGACUUGCCCUCUCUCUCUCCAGAGCGCUCGUACCGGGGCCCUCGGGGAGACUGGGAGGAUGUGCGUGGGGGCCGUGUAGGCGGAUCUGGUGGGCAGGCCUUGGGCCGUGGCCAACAGGAUGACUAUGAUUACACCUGUGCGCAGGACGGCCCCUCUAGGGGGUACGAUCGCUUGGAGUACGGUGAGAGCAGCGGCGGGAGCGGAAGCAGGGACCGGCCAUAUUCUGAGCUUUCCCGCACCCGCGACCGCUACGGCGGCUUUGGGAUGGGCGCCUCGUCGGCAUCCGACAGCGUCUUUAUGACGAGACGGACUGGCUGCCCUUCCCAGGGUAAAGUGCAGGACUUCUUGGGAGUCAUGCCUCAGAUUUUCCCACAUGUGUGCUCACUUUGUGAUUUUGAUGUGCACUCCACCAUGGAGUGGACUCAGCACACAAAUGGGUUACGUCAUUCGGAGAACCGGAGGCGGCUCCUUCAGGUGUAUCCUGACUGGAGGCCCCAUGAAGAUUCAGACAGAGUCUCUGGGUCGAUCCUGCUGGAAACAACCAACCGUUCAGCUGGUCUCCUGGGACCUGCUCCUGGCAUGCAAGGGCUUCCUACGCGAGGGAUGGCCUCUAACUGGGGUCCUGGAGUGUCAAACCCCUCACAGGGACUUUUAAUGAUGCCAAAGAUAAGGAGCAGAGUUGUAGUGGCAAGGUAUGAGAGAAAACCGCUGACGCUCAACAGUUUGUUGGUCUUGGCUCAGCCAUUCGGAAUUGUAUGUGAACACAUCGUACUCAACAACAAGGCCUUCUUGGAAAUGCAAACUCAUGAGGAGGCGGUCGCAAUGGUGACAUUCUACCAGCGUAAGCCAGCAGUGCUGCACGGCAAGAAGAUCACCUUCUAUCUUUCUCAGGAGCUUUUCGUAAUCGAGAAAGGCCACAGGACUGAGAAAGACACUGGAGAAGGCAGGGACAGCCAAGUGGUGUUCUUCUCCAAUCUGCCAAGGGAACGGGAGAAGAAGAUGGAGCUGCUGACCCUGGCUCGCCAUUUUGGCACUGUUGAAAAACACUUGUUUUUAAACGAAGAGGCAUUCAUACAGCUUGGCACUCCCAAAGAUGCCAGGAUGAUGGUCAAGUACUACACUCUUCACCCACUGACCAUCGAUGGGAGGAGCAUUCAACUGAACAUCUGCGCUAAGUACAAGACCUUAAUAGUGAAUCGGCCCAGGAGCGGUAUUGGAAGACCAGAUUUGACCCGCAAGAGCAGCACCGUGGUGAGCAGGAGCUCCUCGAGGACACAGAGGUCUCCCGCCUCUAGCGACACGGUGUCCAAAGUAGAGGAGGAGACAGCAGUUGAGGAGGAAGAGCUGCAAACAGCAGAUGCCGCUGUGCUCGAGGAGGGCUCUGGGGACGAGGUGGCUGGGGUGAUGGAGGGCGACGAGGAUGAGGCAGGAGACCAGGCAGCGGAGACUAGCGAGCCACACAAAGAGGAGCCAGAGUCCGCUGUUUCGGGCUCCCAGGCCCCCAAAGGCGAGCCUCCAACAGAGACCUCUUUGAGCAGUAGCCAAGCUUGUGACUCUGCUCCCGAGUCUGCUGGAGGCUCUCUCGAGUCGCAGAUCAAGGUGGAGCUUGCAGACAAGCAGAUGGAGAAAAGCAAAAGUGACCUAAAUGAGGACAGCGCCCCUGCUGGCUCCGGGGAGGAGAUCUCUGGUGACAACGUCGAGCUGCUUGCAACAGAGCCCUCUGAAAGCGUGGAGCUCUGCAACGAAGGAGCCUCGGCGGAGCAGGAGGCACCCAUGGAUCAGGACUUCCCAGAGAACAUGGAUGAUUUUGUGACCCUGGAUGAGGUGGCAGAGGAAGAAGACACGGACCGUCUCGACACGCAGUCCAAGUCAGGGGAUCAGACUGGAGGAAACACGGACAAAAGUGGGGGCUUCAGGGUUGUCAAUGUGGUGGGAUUCAAACGAGGGUACAACUUCCUGGAUGAAAUCCUCACGCUUGCCAAGCCCUUUGGGAAAGUGGUUCGGCAUCUAGUACUCGACGUGAGGCCUGAGGCCUUUCUGGAGCUGAGUUCAGAAGAGGAGGCGAGAGCCAUGGUCGAUUUCUACAGUGCCAACGUGACGCCGAUGGUUUGUGGAAAAGCUGUGAAAAUAUACCACUCGCAGACCUACGCUACAAUCCAGAGCGGUCGGGUCAUCUACGUUGGACAGCUUCCCUCUUUCAAAACGUCAGAUGCUUCUCUCCUGAAGAUCGCAGAGCCUUUUGGGAAAGUGAGACGUUAUUUCCUCAACCGGAACCGCUACGAGUGCUUUAUUGAAAUGGAACGAGGAGAAGAUGCUGAAAGAAUGGCCAAUGCCUACAAGGAGAACCCACCGAAAUUCCAAGGCAAACGCUUAACUGUGUACGUCAGCCGCAAGUACAAGCAGCUUAAGCACGGGUAUAGACCUCCUCCUGAGGAGCCUGAGGAGCAGCGGUCCAUAAAGAGGGAGCAUACGGAUGGGGAGGAGGCCACUCAUCACGAGCCCUCCCACAAAGCUAAGGUGAAAAAGGAGGAGGAGCCUCUUGCCAAGAGGCUGUGUGUCCGGGAGGAGAGCGCCCCCGCUCAGGAGCCCGGCUCCUCUGGGGAACAGCAGCCGCAGGAGGAGGGCGGCACUGAGAUCUCCUGCAGUCAGGAGGUUAAGGUGAAUACCGAGGAGUUAGAGGAGAAGAUGGAACAGCCCUCAGAUGCCCCUGGUGCCCAGAAGGACAGGGAAGCGGAGUGUAAGAGCGACGGCGGCGCCGGACCCGCUGCUGCUAACGGACUAAGCGACAAGAGCAGCGAGAAAGAAGGCGCCUCUAGCAUCGGCGCGCAGGCUGAGAAGAGUUCAGCGGCUCCUCUCGGGCCGUACCAGCCCAACAAUCCUGUGGGUGUGGAGUAUAUGAAGAUGGGCUACUACUGCAAAGUCUGCUUCCUCUUCUACUCUAACGAAGAAACGGCCAAGAAGGUCCACUGCAGCAGCCUGUCUCACUAUGAGAAGCUGAAGAAACACCUGGAGAAGGAGAGGACAACCAAAGGCCAGUGAGCGACUGAUGAGUUUCACCAUUGUGACCCCCCCCCCCCCCAGUUGUGUAAACCAAUGCUCACACUGCACUGUCAACUUUCUAGUUGCUUUACAGUCCCUGUGCAGUGAUUGUGAAUGGUAGUGAUGCCACAUGAGAUAUUGUUCAUGUGUUUUAGGGAGAACCUCUUGGGGGAGGCAGGCAGGCAAACACUGAUAGAGAACUUAAGAGAUCCCUGAAUUCUCCUCCCUCUAGGUGUACCAUUUUAUUGUUGUAAGCCUUUUUUUUUUUUUCCUUCACUUAUUUGAUUUUGUCUUGCAACUGUCUGUUUUAAUAUGGCUUCGUUCUUGAAGUUGUUUCUGUUCUCAAUGUGCUGUGUGGGUGACUGAUUCCGACAUUGCGGGGGGGGCUCUAAUUGUCGAUUCCAUUAAAAGUGAACUUUACAAA